GAUGCCGCGCGUUUCCUCCACUAUCUCGCGCCUUUCCAUCUUGUUCCACUCGAGAGCUCAGCGCCGUAGUUGUUGUUGUGGUAUGUAAUAAUGGCGGCAGCAGGAGGCGGAUUACCAGCCUCGGCUGUUGUAGCGACCGUAAACACCUCCGCCACCGUUCGCUGCCGUUUCCCAGGUCGGCCAUGGACGUCUCGGAGCCGGCUGAAGACGGAGAAACGCUUUCACGUCGGUCGUGUAAGAGCUGAAGACACAGAAGGGCCGAGGCCCGUCGACGUUAGAGCGACGCUGAGAGAGGAUCCGUCACUGUCGCGCUUGCUCGGGCUGGCGGAGAAACACCGGCGCCAGCGCGAGGCGGGAUUCUGCACGAGCGGGAGCGAUGAGGAGGGAGACUUCACAGGCUUUGGAGUGGAUGGUCAAUGGUCCACGAGUUCUGAACAAGGCUCAUCAAGCAGACCCCUUAAACUGGCACACUCACAGGUGAAACCACCUUUGGUGCCACAUCUAAAAUCAUCACUAUUGAAAAAAUCUGACAUGAAAGGCAAAAGAUUUUCUAUAACGACCCGACAAUCUGUGAGGCCCAAAAUGGUUAUUAAAUUGGCAGCCAAGAAGGUGACCAAGAAGGUAACGGAACAGUCACAAAGGCCAUCUGUGGAAAAAGAUGAACAAUUGAAACAGGGCAGCUCAAGUAAGAGAAAUGGCAGGGUACUCAGGAACCAGACAGAGGGAACAUGGGUCUCCUUAAAUACAGAAAAUGAUGAAAAUGCUGAUGGGGCUUUUGAAGAGGAGGGGAUGACUGGAAGGACAAAGAAGCGUGGUUCCAGUGCAGUAGACAGACGGACAAGGCAGGGCAAAUUAGUGUGGAGCUUAACACUGGUUAAAGGUAAAGAGCGAGCCUCCAGAGUUAGAGACACCCAAAACCAAAGAGCUUCAACAGAAUAUGCUAAGACCCACAGGAACAAGACAGAGGUAAUGGCUGCUAGUGAUCAGACAGGUGCUGUAUCCUCAAAACCAAAGGCCAAACAGAGAAGGGGCAAAAGGACAGAUGCAAAUAAUGAGCUUCUAGAAUCUCUUGGUGGAGAUGCAGGACCUUCUUUUAGUGAUAGUUUAAGUUCUUCCCAAAAGAAGCCUUUUGUAAGGCGACGAAGAAAGUUACUGCAACAGGAGGUGCGCCGCAGAGUACCUCACAGUCAAGGACAGGCCUCUAGCAUGCCAAGAAAGAGACAGCGACUUGCUCUAGAGACAGACUCUACACACGUGCUGCAACCAGUGGAAGGACAGGAACAGCCAGUUGGAGAGAUUGAGGGAUCCAAGCCUGGAAGCCAAGCUGAACAGCCUAAACACUCCACUAGACCAAUUGUUAGUGCUCGAUCUUCUCGGGUCAUCAAGGUCCCGAAGAGGUUCAUGGAUGAUGAGCGCAUGUCUGCUCUUCCAGAACGAGGUUCCCCAAAGAAACCGGCUCUUACUGAGAUCCCGAUGGUUCUCGGGAAACCGAAUAUUGAGCUCCAAACCCUUCAUUCCGGAAGCAAGCCGAAGACCGCACAAGAACUGCUGAUCCUAAACAACGAUGAAAAAGUUGUUUCGGAAAAGGUGCAAUCGCAGGGUGUCAAACCCAUUUUGAGUUCCUCUGGGCUGUCUGGUGGUCCUCGCGGGAGGGGUCGGAGACUUGGCCAAUCUGCAGACCACUAUAAGAUAUACUGGAAAUUGAAGAAGCUCACAGCAUGCCUGACAAAACGAAGGAUGGAGCGGAUUGCCAGUGCAAGCUCCAAGCUAACAGAGGACGGUGCUAAGGGAGGGACUCUUGAUGUGGGAGGAAGAAAGUCUGAUCUCAAAUUGCAAGACAUGUAUUCUCCAGGAGUGGUGCCAAAAGUAACCAUACAUGUUGGGAAACUCUCUGAUCAGAUGCCGCUUGCAUCUUUGGCAGAAGGCCCUGCUAAGGAGAACGAGACUACCAGCCUUGAAGGCACCACUGAAAUGACUGCACAAAGUGCCCAGAUGAUGGUGGAGCAAGGUGGAAACACCCAGAGAAUGAGUAUUUCCAGGGCCAAUAAGAGGAUGUUCCACCUGCUGAAGAGAGCAAGAGUCCAACUAAUUAAAAUCGACCAACAGAAACAGCUCAAAUCAGCUCAGCUUCUGUCUAACUCUGUGAGAGUAAGAGAUAGAUCCGCGGCAGUCGUGCAGAGAGGCAGAAAGAGGGGGAAGAGAGUAGUCCCAGCUAACCCAGAGGCUGCUCCACAGGAGCAAUUGAUUGGUGGUCCGCGUAUAAAGCAUGUGUGUCGAGCAGCAGCAGUGGCACUGGGACAACCACGUGCCAUGGUUCCUGAUGACAUUCCCAGGCUCAGCGCCCUUCCUCUUCAUGAGAGAGAGGGGAUCACUGCUUCUCCUGCCGAAGAGGAUGUUGCAUCUCACUCAGAAGCUGAGAGUGAAGAAUCUGUUGAGCCGAAGCUGACAAUUAGACGCAGGUACGAAAGCACAGCCUUUGGCUGUCGGCUAAAACGCUGCUUGCGCUGCAAGGGCUGCAAUCGGCUGGAGGACUGCGGGAGGUGUGUGUUCUGUCUGGACAAGCCCAAAUUUGGAGGACCCAACAAGAAACGUCAGAGCUGUGUCCUAAAGAAGUGUGUGCUGAUUGAGCGGAACAAAAUGAGACGAUUUAACAAAGUCCAGAUGAAGCGACGCCGGCCAUCAGUGGCUGCUUGCAUGAACAGCAGCGAAGAAGAAAACGAGGGGGAAGGGGGAGAUGAUGGAGGAGGACAGGCCCAGUUCAGCCCAACUAGGAGGCAGCCUAGACGCCAAGUCACUCCUCAGUCCUACAGAAAACUGCUGGGGUAUGACGACUCUGACACAGAAACACAGAGUGUCAGCUUUGAAAAGACAAAGGCUAGCGGGAUCCAGAAGACUCAGUCAAGUGAAGUGGCUACGUCUGUAACCGCUCCAGAAGAGGCAACAAAGCAGAAACGGCAAGGGCUUUACAGAGCUUUUUGGGCCCAACGCAGAAAUAAGACUUCGGUGGAGCACACUCCGUCCAGUGUCCUGACUCCACAGGUCAAUGGCUGCACCCAGAGGGGCAAGCUGUCACAGGGGACAAUGAACAAGAUUCGUGUGGACUUCAAGGUCAGCACUGAGAUUUCAAUGAGUUUUCUAUAAAACCAGAAACUUAGUUUUUUGUGUGUUGUGGUUCAUCCAAAAUGCAUGAAGUUUGAAUUAAUAUAAUUCAGUUAGGACCUUAUUAGCCGUUAAAAGUUUGGAAUGAUUACAUUUUUUUUUUUUUUUUUAGAUUUUAAAUGUUGGAAUUUUAAUUGUU